AUGCAGAUCUGGGCCUGCUGAGUCAAACAUCGACUGAAAGUCAGACGGCCAACGCACACGCUGCUUCAGUUAGAUGUGCAACUUCAGUGCAUGGAGGAGCUGCACGGCCGUUCCUGUUUUCAUUUCAGAUGACCGUGGGCGUUUCCAACGAAGAAAAAAAGAAAAAAAAACCCAGAAUGCAAAGGGAGUCAUUUCGCUGUUUCGAUCCAUUGGGUGGGAAUUACGCACUGGGCCUCAGAAAUCCACAUGGGCUCGUUUGCUGGAGAUGGCCCAACCUCCCCUAUUGUCCACGGGACAAAUAGGAGGAUCCAGAGCCUUCCAGACUCGAGGGGACUCGGCAGAGACGACGGAGAGGCAGGACGUGAGGCGAGUCCACCUCUACGCCCCCCCGCCGCCGCCGACGCCGACGACGACGACUCCACGCGCCGGCCCCCCUCCACGCGCCUCCGCCUCCAGGAGCACGUGUGGUCUCCUUCAAUGGAGAUGGCUGGUUGCAGCUUGAGUAAAGUACAAAUGGAGGUGGAUGACAAAAGCCCCAAAGAACAUGAUACUAUCAAAAUCUUCCUCGAGGAAGAAAUGGAGACUGAGGUGGAAGCUUUUUCUGGUUUUAUCAUUGGUUCGUAUCUCCGUGGGAAGAUGACAGUGAGCUUUCCGCCCAAUUCUGACCGUUUUGUACAAUUUGAGCUGGGGAAGCUGUUUGACCUUAAACUCGAAUCGCAUCCUUUCAUUGAUAAAGAUCUCUUGAGGAACAUGUGGUAUGUGAAGCCUAAAUCCCCGGAGCGACCCUUUCGCACUGGACCUGAUGAUGUUCUUGAUUCUUGUCAUUCUAUUUUCUAUACAGUUGGAGCGGACAUAAAGCUAAAUGUCACAGGUCCUGACCACAGUAUGGUUAGUGUGAGCUACAGAUAUCCAGGUGAAUCCCCACUACAGGACUUGGUGAUAACUGUUCCUUUUCCUCGUGUUGACGAGUCUGGCCGGCCAAGGCGUGUGGUUAAAACCUACAUUUGGCACAAUGUUGGGACGCAUGUUGAGAACGCUGACUGCAUUGAGUGGCACCUUGGCUCUGUUAACGACAGCAAUCCCAGAGGUGAUUUCUCUGUGGAUUACUAUUACGAUGGUGGGACUUACGAUAUGGAGCAAUUUUUCCCAAUCAAUGCCAGUUUCACUUAUACCAACUGCCGCGCCUUAGAGGUUAAAAGAGCAAGGGGACCAGACGGCCUGCUGGACUUUGUGAAGAGCAAAGCUGGCCACGGGCGCUGCACCGUUCAUGAUUCCCGUGUGAUGCAACGCCGUGUUGCUGAGGCAAGACAGCGGGCCGCUGAGGCUGAAGCUUCUGCUUUAGCUUGGCAGGACCAACCAUGGGAUGAUGAAGGUGGAAAUGUCUGGGAGGUCUAUUGAUCAGGUUGUUGUGAACAUGGUUUUUGCACUUUUGCCUCAGACCUUCUUGCUCUGCUUGGCAAGAACUCCCUUGGAAGAUGAAGAUAGAAACUUCUGGGAUGUAUAUUGAUCAGAUUGUUGUGAUCAGGUUUCUUGCACUUCAGCCUCGUACCUUCCUGCACUUAGUUCGCCUACGAUGGUUCACUACUUGUACUGCGAUGGCUUCAUUUCUCCCUGAACUAUCAUCGUUUGGAUAUGUAGUCCUAGACUAAAUUGCGUUUACGCUAGGCAGGUGCUCUGUUGUCCUUGACUUGUGAUGUAAGGUGGUUCAAGCACUUGGUUUCGGUUCUGUAAUACAUAAUGAACCCGUGGAUGCCCUUUUCUUAACAGCGGUGUACCUCGUACCAA